CUGACUACAUGUGCGUAGCUUUUUGAUUGACAUGGCGGAGUAUCACAGUACGGUUUGCGCCGCGCCAGCAGACAGUCAAGACCCGACCCUGGGAAUAAAAAAACGCGCAGCCCCGUCUGUUUGAAGAUAAUUUUAUUGCAGCGAGGUAGGGCAGUUCAGUGAAUUUCUCCAUGAAUGUACGUCACAAUGAUGAUGACAGACCAGAUUCCACUGGACUUGGCUCCGCCCCCCCUCCUUAACGGGGAGGUCCCUCUCAUGCCUCACAUGGUUAACGGUGACGCAGCACAGCAGGUGAUCCUGGUGCAGGUGAACCCGGGGGAGACGUUCACCAUCCGGGCAGAGGACGGCUCACUGCAAUGCAUCCAGGGUCCUGCUGAGGUUCCCAUGAUGUCCCCAAAUGGGUCAAUCCCCCCCAUCCACGUACCCCCAGGAUACAUCUCACAGGUGCUGGAGGAUAACACAGGAGUCCGCCGAGUGGUGGUGACCCCCCAGUCUCCAGAAUGCUACCCGCCCUCCUACUCUCCGGCCCUCUCCCCCACACAUCACCUGCCCCCCUACCUGGCUCACCCUCACUUCAUCCCCAACUCUCACUCUUUCUACCCCCCUGUCAGCCCCGGGGAGCUGUCCCCCCACCAGUACUACCAGCACCACCUUCCCCCCAUGUACGGCGAUCCAGAAAUCAUCCCAGUUUAUGGGAUGUCUAACUACAUAGGCAGAGAGGAGACGUACAGUAAGCCACAGCCCAAAAAGAUUAAGGAACAGAGACAACUAGAGCGACAGAACCGACUUAACUCCCCACCCUCCACUCUCUAUAAGGGCAGCCUGGGGCCAGCACACAAUGGAUACAGCAACAAAUCACACGCCCCAUUACUUGGGUCAGUGGGGUCCGGGGGCGGAAACAGCAGUCCAGGAGGGAAGAAGCCAGAGAGACGACUCCGCAGCAGUCCACGAAACAGUGAACCAGAGACACACACACAAGAUCAUGAUUCAGAGGGGAAGCGGGUUCAAGACAUGCUGUCUGCAAUCGACAAACCACAGGUGUCCAAUGUGCAGGCACGGGCUGCACGGCUAUCCUGGGCCCCCCCGGCAGGGCUGGUGAACAGGCAUAGUAACGGGAUGCCUGUGUCCUGCUCUUUCGAGGUCUCUCUCUCAGAUAAGGGACGAGACGGAAAGUAUCGCCUUAUAUACAGUGGCGAAGAAUUGGAGUACCAUCUGAAAGACCUAAGGCCAGCGACAGACUACUACGUACGGGUGUCUGCAAUGUACAACUCUGUUCGAGGCUCGUGUUCAGAGGCCGGCUCGUUCACCACACACUGCAGCGUCCCUGACGUCCCGUUAUCCCCGAAACUCUCCCACCGCACCAAGAGCACCCUCACCCUACAGUGGAAGGCCCCAGGCGACAACGGAUCCAAAAUCACAAACUACCUGCUCGAGUGGGAUGAUGGAAAGAAGAACAGUGUUUUCAGAGAAUGUUUCUUUGGGAACCAGAGACACUAUAAGCUGACACGACUGUACCCCGCUUGUGGCUACACAUUCAGAGUGGCUGCACACAAUGACAUUGGCUCAAGUGGCUUCAGCACAGAGGUGGUGUUUUACACUAUGGGCACCCUGCCUGCUCUGCCUCUGGCACCGCGGCUGGUCAGGGCGGGGGUGUCCUGGGUGACCCUGGAAUGGGGGCGUCCCGAAGGCAGUCCAAGCGAAGAGCAGCUCAAAUACACACUUGAGAUCCAGGAGGACAACAGCGGAAUAGACUUUCAUCCAAAGUACACUGGAGAAAACUUGACCUGUACUGUACAAGGCCUGAAGAGGAGUACACAGUAUAAAUUCAGGCUCAUCGCAUCGAACAUGGAGGGAAAGAGCAGUCCCAGUGAAGUGUUGGUGUGCACAACCAAUCCGGACAAACCAGGCCCUCCAUCUGCACCCUGUGUCGCCACAGCAACGCCCUACGGAUUUACCGUCACAUGGGAUCCUCCCCAGGACAACGGGGGCUCAGAGGCUCUUACGUACCUGCUGGAGAUCUCAGAGGGUUGCUCUGAAGCGAGCCAGUGGGAGGUAGCGUACAGUGGUCCAGCAACAGAAUGUGUGUGUGAGCGCCUGACACCUGGGACCUCCUACCGCCUACGCGUGUGUAGCAUCACCACCGGAGGACACAGCCCUUGCACUGUUAGUGCUCUGGUACGUACAUUAAGCAUCCCACCAAGACCUUGCCAGCCCCCAAGAAUUGUGGGUAAAGCCAAACACAAGGAAGUGCAGUUAGAAUGGGAUACCCCUGUGUCUGAGGGAGUAUGUGAGGAGUGUGUGUUCAGUCUGGAGAUGAGUGAGGGGGGCAGCAAGCCAACAGAGGUCUACCAUGGCUCGGAUCUGCAGUGCACUGUUGGUAGUCUGCUACCUGGUGCCACAUACAGCUUCCGACUGCGGGCUGCAAACGAGGCUGGGUUUGGAACGUACUCUGACCCAACUGAGGUGACGACUGCAGCAGGUCCUCCUAGCCAGUGCGGGGCGCCACUUAUCGUUCUCACCAGUAACACCUGCGUAACGCUCAACUGGGAGAGUCCUGAGGGUUCGGGUACAGACAUCUCUGAGUACUGCUUGGAGUGGGCGAGGGAAGACGAACCCAUGGAGCUCAUCUACUGUGGAUCUGUCACACAGUGUGAACUGUCAGACCUGACGCCUGCCACAGAUUACUGCUGCCGGCUACAGGCGGUGAAUCAGGCAGGUGCUGGUCCUUACAGUGAGCUAGUGAGUUUCCGGACCCCUGCGACAAAUCCCGACCUGGUCUCCUCCCUCACCUUUCUGGACCUCCCGACUUCCUCGGAGUCAGGUCACUCCCCAUCUACCUGCCUCCUCCUGAAGUGGGACGAACCGAACAGCAACGGGGCGGAGAUAACAUCCUACGUCAUUACCCUGGACAACCAAACCAUCACUGUGGAAUCAGGGACAAGUCACCUUGUCACAGACCUGCAGCCAGACAGUGAAUACAGUGUACAGAUUCAGGCUGUGAAUGCUAUCGGCUCCAGUCCCUUGAGUCCACCCCUGCUGGCGAGGACACGCCCCCUCCCCCCAGCCCCACCCCCUCUUGAAUGCUCGGCGGCUGGCCCUCAGAGCCUGAAGCUGAAAUGGGGCGAAAAUGCCAACAACACACACACUCGCGCCCUGCUUGCAGAUGACAUGGUCUACACACUACAGAUGGAGGACAAGAACCACAGGUUUGUGACAAUCUACCGUGGCCCAAGCCACACCUACAAGGUCCAGCGACUGACUGAAUCCAGCAGCUACAGCUUCAGAAUACAGGCGAUCAGUGAUGCUGGGGAGGGUCCUUUCUCUGACACACACAGGUUCUGCACCACCAAGUCUGUACCCCCUGCCCUCAAAGCUCCCAGAGUGCACCAGCUGGAGGGGAACAUUUGUGAGAUCACAUGGGAGACUAUCCCACCAAUGAGAGGAGAUCCUGUGAGCUACGUGCUACAGGUUCUAGUGGGACGCGAGUCAGAAUACAAACAGGUUUUUAAGGGAGAGGAGGGCGUUUUCCAAAUAUCUGGUCUCCAGGGCAACACAGACUAUCGUUUCCGUGUGGGCGCCUGCCGCCGUUGCCAGGACACAUGCCAGGAACUGUGCGGACCACUGAGCCCCUCCUCCUUGUUCACGCUGCGUCGCCAGGAGACGGCAUCAUCAGGGGAGCUGUGCGCCGUGGAAACGGGCAAAGGGGCGGGCCUGAUCUCGAGCGACGAGCGCUUUGCUGCACUUAUCGUGUGCGUGUUUGCAGGCUUCUCCAUCCUCAUUGCCUGCUUGCUACAGUACUUCUUCAUGAAGUGAGGGAAUUUUUAACUAUAGGAUAGAAAGAGAAAGCAAAAUCAGAGUCUAUGAAAGAACCGAAUGAAAUCAAAUCAAACACUUGAGAUCUUCUAAGGCUAUGUAUGUUUUUUUUUUGUCAAAGUAUCGAUUCUGGCUUUCCUCACCUUGUUCCUGUUGUCUUCUGCCUUCACUCAGUCUCUCUAUGUCUCGGCUGUCUUUGUAUCAUUAUCUGACUCAUUUGUUAAGAGUUUCUGUCAAGGGAAGCCUUGUCUUAGCUGUACCUCGGUUGGGAAAGAAAAGUGAUAAUCAAGCCUUAAAAUAUCUGUGAGCAAAGCAGUUGCUCCUCAAACUGACCUGCAUGUUUUUUAUUUUGUAUCUUUUUAAAACAUAUUCGAGUAGAGAACGUGUAUAUUUCUUGACGGUCAUUGCCUUAAUUAUUUUUUUUUUGCUGCAGUCUUUAUCCAUUUCAGCCAUAUUCCAAUGUAGGGCUUCAAAGCUUUAGCCGUUAAUAUCAUUUUAUUCAUUUUGUUACUACUCUACAGACUGUUGGUCAAUUCAUGCAAUCUGCACCUGCUCUCACACACAGACAAAGACACAACGCACACACACGUGCAAAUUUAUUUACACAUUCAUGCAAUGACAGUGAGAAACACACAUAUCCUCCAAUCACAUAUCUGCUCUGCUUUUAACAUUCAGUCACUCGCUCAUUCAACUACCAAAGUGAUGCAAUUCAUGUGUGGUGUAAGAUGCUGCUAUCCUGUGAUUUUAUUAUAUCUAAGAAAGAAUGAAAAAACAGUAAUCUAUAUAUAUACACACACAAUAUAUAUAAAUAUAUAUAGAGACAGAUAGAUAGAUAUUUGUUAUAAUAUCUAUGAUACUAUAGAAGUGAUGUAAUAAGUGAUGGCAAUGUAAAGUCUAAACUACAGUGUGAAAGGGGAGGAGUUGACUCUAGGUGCUCACAAACAGCAGCUCUGAGGUUAGUUCAGCAGCUUGUGCAUAUGGUUGAAGGAGCCCUUUAACACUGGUCUUGGAUCAGAAUAUUAACCCUUGUAGGUAUUCAAGUGUUGGGCAUUAACUGGCUUUAGCAUUUAGGAAGCCAGGCUGUGAUCGUGAUUGGCUGAAACAUACCAGGAAAUGGCUGGACAAAGUAUUUGUCCCUGUCCUUCCAUUUCCACCAUCUCAAGUACCAUUGCUCCAUACUAUUUAUCUGUAGCUUUAGUGGUGGUAUGCCCCUAGCCUCACAGACCCAGAGGUGCUAACAGCCUGCCAGCUAGCUGCCCUUCUCAGAGCUGUGUGUGUUAACCAGGAAAGCUAUUAGGAGUUAGCUUGAACUUUAACCCACUCCCCCCGGAAGGCCAGAGCAAUGCUGAAGCUGUAAUGCUAAAGCUUCACCUAGUCUGUGAAUUGAUACAUUUGAAGACUCUUCUCUUUCUCUCCGCUUCUGCACAUAAUUAUCUUAAAUUACCUUUUGCUCUGGCUGCUCCUCUCUUGUUUUCGAUCCAGCCCGCCUUUCUGCAAUGCUCUCUCUCCCUCCUUCUUUUCUCACUCUCUCUUUUAAAAGGUGCUUUAUUGACAUGUAAUCGGAGCAGUAGCAAGUCUGUGGUCUCACUCAGACGGACAUGUUCUCUGGGGACUUGAACUAAUGUUCACUAACCAAACAAGCCUUUGACAGAACACAGUUCAGCAGAACAGGGCAUUCUGACACAUGUAACACCCCGUGACCUCCCGCCUGACUCCUGAACCCCAACUCAAAGCCAAGGUACAGCCCAAUACAUACCCUUAUGAUCCAAAGAAGUCACCCUGACCUGCAAGAUUUAUGUGUGACAUCACUACUUUAGUCAGGGUGUGGGGGAAGAAGGAUUGGGUGGGAAGGGGGGGGGGCAGUAGAUUAACCCUGUCGCUCUGCUCUGAUUGGCAACCUGUAACGUACCUCAGGGAAAAGGCCUUACAAAGGGGAGAUCUAAUCUUGUCAUCCCCAUUGCUGUCAUCAUCAUAAUAGCCUCUCUUUCUCUGUUUCUCUGCUUUUCUCUCUUUUAUCUUUUUCUUUCAGUUUGUUGAUGCUGUAUCUUGUCUUCUGUCUCUGCUGUGCCUUGCUCCUGUAUGUGUAAGCAAAGUGGUUUACUAGCUCAAAAUACCAUUGCCAAAGUUGAUGGGAAAUGUAAGGUAGAGUUCUUUUCUAGUUCUUUUUUAUUUAUACUAUAUAUUUGCAUACAGUACUUUACAUGCCAAUUACAGUGCAAUCUUCAUUUAUUUAUUGUUUAAAAAUUAAGAGACAAGUGUAGUUAUAUACUAAUUUUUUCCUUGUAGCAUGUUUUUUUUCUUUUUAAUUUUUUUUAAAGGAUGUAUGUUAGAUUGUAUGAUUAAGGCCAGCAUUCCUUAUCUCAGUAACCCUUUAAGUAUUUCUCUUACAGCUGUUGGGAACCUGUAGCUCAUCAGUCCAUGCAUUGCAGUUAUCAAUGGCGUUUCAAACAUGUAGCCAAAUGCCUAUGUGUCGUGUUUUUUUUUUUUCCAUUUCCUGCUUCGGCUGUGCACAGUCAAGCAGUUCUUUUAAUGCUUAGAGAGACAUGUAGCAAAGCCAGGCCUUUAGGGCCACUUCAGAGUCAUCUGUAUUGGGAUAAACGUAGCUGCCUUUGGCUUUUUUUCUAAAUAGUGUUAUAAUGAAGCUUCUGAUAUCUUUUUACUGUUUUAUUGCCAAAGUGCAGGCUUCUCGUGUCCACUAGAUGUUGCGUUUGCAGUCGACUAGAGGGUUCUGUGAUGUUCUUCUGUAACGACGCAGCAUUGCAAUUAUAAUUAUUGUUAUUAUUCUCUCAAAAGGAAAAAAAAACAUUAACUUGAUCUGUGAUUAUGCUUGUUUUCAUAUUAUCUUUUAUUAUUUUGUUUUGUAAAGCAAAAUGUGCCAUUUUGAAAUGUGUAGCCCCCUUUGGUGGAGAGUAACACAACCUUAUUUCACAUAGUAAGGUUAAAAAAAAGAAGGCAAAAACAAUCAUACGAUGAUUUCAGGCAGAUGACGACAAUAAUAAUAUUGACGAUUCCUUGUUCAGGCUAGUGCUGGUAUAGCAGUAGUGAGUAUUUUGUAUCCAGUAUUUUGCUAAGAGAUGACAUACAGAUAUAUCUAUAGAGCUAUAGAAUGAGAUGGUAAUACAUUAUGACUAACAGAGUUGAAGCACUUUUUUUAUGCCGAGCAUUAGUCUUGAUGAGGUUAAUAUGAGCGAUUGGAGGCUCAAGGUCCCUCGCUCUGUUCCAAACACUACUGCCAACGCCGUCUGUUACGUUCAUUAGCAUUAUUCUGUCGUUGGUGUCAAUGUGACAUUGGCAUUACUGGAGCAUGGUUCUGUGUUUCUCAAAUGGCACCCUGCUCCCCGCAGAGUGAAAACUGCAGCAACAGAGGAAGUACAGCUCAUAGGGAGUGCGGUGCCUCUCUCAGACGUGCACAUGGUGUCUACCUAGCCUGUUGCAUUGUAGUCAACAGGUGGAAUGUGAGGUGCCCUGUCCUUAAACUCCUAAUGUUAUGUUGCCCACCCACAGCCCCCUUUUAUUCCCCUUUUCAAGCCUUAAUGCCCCAGUGGGAGAACAGAGGUUCGCCUUGGUUGAGCUCAGGCCAGUCAUGUUAGUGUUGUAUAGUCCGAGGUUAACACGUUGUUAACUGAAAGGCAGUGUUUGUGGGCAGGGUACUCCCUUUAUGUGCUUUGUUGUUUUUGUUUUGUCAUUUUCAAAUGCUGGUGAUUUUAUACACACCCCGCCCUUCCUACCCACCCACCCUGCAGGUCCUGCUCAUUUGGCAGGCAUGUCAGGAAUGAGAGACAAUUUUUUGUCCAGCAACUCCACGUCUGUGCCUUCUGAUCAGUUUAUUUUCUUCUUUUAAUUAUUUUUUUUUUGUUAUGUUUUGUACGUUUUACAGUAAGUAGAGAUUUUCAGAAUUUGGCGAUUUGACAAACAUACAGAGACUCACAGGUAUUUAACUAUUUUUUAAGCAAGACAAAAAGAAACAUAUUUUUACCUCACGAUAUAAAAACAAACAUUCCAAUGUUGUCAUGGUCUACGAAUUGAAAAAAAAAAAAGAAAUUCAUGCAUUUCUUCUUGUAUUGUAAAUGUUAGACAAUUUCAUAUGCAUUAUAUAAAAGAAACUGCCAUAUCAAUUUUAAUGUAUAGAUUUUUGCAAAUACUACCCUAUGUAUGUAAGACGUAACUGUAUCGGUAGCGUAUAUAUAAUAUAUUUAUGCCCAAUAAAUGUUUUGAUUUUUUUUCUGACUUUGA